UGCGUGUAUGUGACGUGAAUUUAACCAGUUAUGUUGACUGCAUGGUGGCGCAGCUGUAGAAUGUUGGCCUCCCUUUUCUCAGGACCGGGGUUCACAUCCCAGCCCUGUCUGUGCUGAGUUUCCAUGUUCUCCCUGUUCCUGUGUGGGUUUUCUCCAGGUAUUCUGGUUUCCUCCCACAUCCCAAAAGCAUGCAACAUUAAUUGGACAUUCUAAGUUGCCCGAGGUGUGAUUGUGAGUGCGACUGUUUGUCUCCAUGUGCCCUGUGAUUGGCUGGCAACAAGUUCAGGGUGUACCCCGCCUCCUGCCUGUUGACAGCUGGGACAGGUUCCAGCACUCCCUGCGACCCUUGUGAGGAUCAGCGACUUGAAAAAUGGAUGGCUGUUUGGAGAAAAAUAAAGAUUCCAAUAGGGCAUACAUGAUUCCAUCAUUACUCUUGUUUUGGCUCUUGUCUCCAUCGUACUGAGCAAAGCUGCAGAAAUGAUAAACUUUUUGUUUUAUUUUUUUGUCAAAAAGGUUGGUUGUGUAACUGUAGACUUUUCCAUUAAUCUUGGCCAAGAUGUAAAAAAAAAAAAUCUUCAAAAGACAAAAUCUGUGGGAGUUAAACCCUAUAUUCAUCAAAUAUUAAUUCAACAUAAUCUAUCAUUACUUAAAAGAGAUGAAUCAUGACAUUAUUUGUGUCAAUUUUGGGGGUGUAUGGUUCAGUACAAAAAUUUGUUUUUGUAAUCAAGACCUAUUUUAUUGUUCACUGGCCAUCAUCAUAAUAUCAGAUAAACAAAUAAAUGUUUAAAAAUGUGAUUUGUGAGGAUUGAUCAGAAGUCAAUACCCAGCCACGUUAUGUCAAGAUAGAUGACAUUCGCUGGUGCAAGUCUCCCCCAUCCCCCAUCUGCCCCACAAGUGGGGCAAAAUGGGCUAACCCCUAGGCCACUGUGACCUUUCAACCGGUGAUUAUGAAUAAAAUAAAAUAAUCAGUGUAUUAUUUUAUUAAAAUAUAAAACGUGGAACUAUUUGCAUACGUUUCAAAUGUUCUGAAAUGCUUGUAACUAAAUGUGAAGUUUAAAAAUUAGAAUACACAAUGGCCAAACACGCCCAACAUUUUUCGGCACUGUAAUAAUUGGUUAUUCAAUUUAAAAAAACGUUGCCUAUUAUUGUUGUAAUUGUUUCUAAAUCAAACGGGGAUCUUUCGGGGUAAAAAUCUGCACACCCUCAGACUGUUAACAGCGGGAGGAUGCCCGCCCGAUUGUCUGGCAGCUUUUGAAGUUUGGAAUGUGGAGUCAUGACGUUGACUGUUUUUGGCACCGAUGCAACGUUCCUCCAACUUUGCACUCAAAAGACCGAGUAACGAGUUCCAUCAUCUGCCUGCGCCAUUUGCAAAAAGAGAGAAAGACGCUCAUUGCAGCGCAAGAGACUUGAGAUCGCGACAUGUUCACCAGGGUCGCCAUCGGCUUCGGCUUGCGGACCCGGCGACACCGCCUCGGGAUCCACACGAGGGCGGCGCCGGAGCUUCGGGAGCCCGCGCGCCUGUCUGCCUCGUCCACCUGCGACUACGGCCGGGUGAAGACCAUGGAGGAGCUGGGCGGGCCGAGCUUCUUAAGCACGCUCUACUGGCUCUUCGUCAAGGGCUACUUCCGAACCACGCAGCAAAUGCAAAUUGAGCACAAGAAGCUGUACGGGCCCCUGUGGAAGUCCACGUACGGGCCCCUGGUGGUGGUGAACGUGGCCAGCGCUGAGCUCAUUGAACAGGUUCUGCGCCAGGAGGGCCGUUACCCAGUCCGCACCGAUAUGCCGCACUGGAGGCACUACCGGGAGCUCCGCAAGCAAGCCCACGGACCUCUCACCGAGAUAGGGGCAAAUUGGCAUCGCAUCCGCAGCAUACUGAACCCUCGCAUGCUGAAGCCUAAGCACGUGGCGUCCUACGCGGACACCAUCAACCCAGUGGUGUCCGACUUCGUCCAGCGACUCUGCUGCUUGCGCGACGGUGGCCUGGUGCGCGACGUCACCGGAGAACUUUACAAGUUUGCUUUUGAAGGCAUCUGCUCGGUGCUGUUCGAGACGCGUUUGGGCUGCCUGGAGCGAGACGUGCCCGAAGACACGCAGAAGUUCAUCUGGUCCGUGGGAGAAAUGUUCCGUCUGUCCUCCGUCGUCAUCCUGUUCCCCAAGCGCCACUGGCCCUACCUGCCCUUCUGGAACAAGUUUGUGGCCGCCUGGGACCACCUCUUCAAAUUUUCGGAGGAGCUGGUGCAGAAGAAGCUGGAGGAGCUCCAGACGAGGGGGGUGCGGGCGGCUGGGGACGUGGCAGGUGCCUACCUGACUCACCUGCUGCUCAGCGACAAGAUGAGCCUCACCGAGAUUCUGGGAAGCGUCACUGAACUCCUGCUGGCGGGAGUCGACACGACCUCCAACACAAUCUCGUGGGCCCUGUACCAUCUGGCCAAGGAGCCUAGCAUUCAGGACCAUCUCUACCAGGAAGUGUCGGCUGCUUGUCCAUCCUCCAGCGGGAUGCUGACCGCUGAAGACAUCACCCGGAUGCCCUUCCUCAAGGCCAUCGUUAGGGAGACACUGCGGCUUUACCCCGUUGUACCGGGAAACGCUCGCCUCACUGUGGAAAAUGAGAUUGUGGUGGGAGAUCAUCUCUUUCCCAAAAAGACUCUGUUCCACCUGUGCCACUAUGCUGUCUCCCAUGAUGACGAAGUUUUCCCCGAGCCACAUCGCUUCCUGCCUGAGCGAUGGCUGCGCCAUGACAACGCCAGGCAGCAACAACACCCAUUUGGGUCGGUGCCAUUCGGGUUUGGGAUCCGGGCGUGUCUGGGACGGAGGGUAGCUGAGCUCGAGAUGUACCUGCUCCUGGGCACACUGAUGGGCCGCUUUGAGGUGAGGCCUGACCCCAACGCCACUGGGCCCGUCAAACCAAUCACCAGGACCCUGCUGUGCCCAGCUACGUCCAUCAACCUCGUCUUCGCCGACAGACCGCACACGUGAUGUUAAUAACGAUUGAGGCUCAGUACACACGUAAACAAACACACACAUGCUCACUAAUUUUGGGUGACAAAUGUACUGUAAUUAGGGCAUGGCCUGCAUUACACUCCAACCAAUCAGAUUAUUGAUCCCACACACCACUGUCGUAAUUGGUUAGAGUAACUAACUUGAUGACAUAACAAAAAGGGGUUUUCUGUUUUUAGUGAGCACUUGAGCAAAAAUUUAAAAAAAAAUCAAAAUGCAUUAAAAUUGCGAUGCUUGAUUUUUAUAGUUAUUUAGAGCCUCUGCAUUUUCUAGGAAUUGCCAUCAGAGCUAAUUUCUUCUACCAGACAUUUUUAGAAGCUCUAAAGUCACAAGUUAUAAAAAAAUGCAUUUUUGGUUGACAUAUUGAGUGCAGGCGGCAGGGUGGGGCAGCAGUAGCGCAUUGGCCUCGCAGUUCUGAGGACUGGAGUUCAAAUUCUGGCCCUGCCUGCGUGGCGUUUGCAUGUUCUCCCUGUGUCUGCAUGGGUUUUCUCCGGGCACUCCAUUUUCCUCCCACAUCCCCAAAACAUGCUCUAUUAAUCGGAGACUCUAAAUAGCCCCUAGGUGUGAGUGCGAGUGCAACUGUUGCCUGUCCCCAUGUGCCCUGUGAUUGGUUAGCAACCAGUUCAGGAUGAACAUUGCCUCCUGUCAGUUGACAGCUGGGAUAGGCUCCAGCACUCUGGCGACCUUCGUGAGGAUAAGCAACUCAGAAAAUAGAUAGAUGGAUGGAUGUUGAUUCCAUUCUGAUCAGUAAAAUUUGUGUCACUGUGGGGAAAAAUUGCUCAUGAAGUCUACUUCAUAAGCAUCCUUUGACCAGGUGGCAGCCAGAAUUGCCCGAAGGUAGCUGGGAUAGGCUCCAGCAUUCCCUCGACCUUUGUGAAGAUAAGUGCAGGAGAAGCUCAUCCAUGCUUUUAUCUCAAAUAGACUUGACGAUUACCAUUGUACCAUACCAUUACACCUUGUAAUACUACAGCAUAGACUCCCCAAACAGGUACACCUUAUUCAGAAUGCUUUAGCUCGAGUUCUGACCAGAAUAAAGAGCUCAGAGGAUAUAACUUCAAUUCUAAAGUCUUUACACGGGCUUCCAGUAAGCUUUAGAAUAGAUUUUAAAGUUCUGCUGCUGGUCUUUAAAUCAAUAAAUGGUUUAGGUCCUGAAUUACAUACAUAUAUAAAUAUAAUACAUGAAAGAAAUGGUAAUGGGAUAUAAAUCCAGUAGGGCUCAGAGAUCGACAGACUCAGGUCAAAAAUUGGAGGGCAAAGUCCAGAGCUGAGGCAGCAUUUAGCUGUUAUGAUGCACAAAAAUUGAAUAAUUUGCCACCAACGUCAGCCCCAAGUCUGAAUGUUUUUAAAUCUAAGUUAAAAACUCUUCUUUUUUUCUCAUGCUUUCUAAAUUACUUUAGUUUUUAAUUAUUUUUUUUGCACUUUUAGCUGUUUUAAUUAUACUUUUAUUUUUUCCUCUGUUCCAAAUGUUUAAAAGAUCUUUUUUUUUCUUUGGAUUCAAACGUGUUUAAUCAUGUAAAGCACAUUGAG